AGGCCAGAUCUGAAGGUUGUGUUGAUGAGUGCUACACUGAAUGCUGAACUCUUCUCAGAAUACUACGGAAACUGUCCAAUGUUACACAUUCCUGGCUUUACUUUCCCUGUCAAAGAAUACUAUCUGGAGGAUGUCAUAGAACUGACCAGAUUUAAGUUUGAUGAUGAGAAAAUACCCGUCUGGAGAAGACGAGACCACAAGAAAAAUCAAGAAUUUGAAGAUAUGAUUGCACCUUAUAUAAGAAAUCUAGAACAAAAUCAAAAGUAUUCAAGCCAGACCCUAGAUGAGCUGUAUAAGAAGACCAGUGAAGAACUAAAUACGGACUUGAUAUUGGAGUUGCUGCGUCACAUUGCUCGGCAGCCUAUGGGUGCUGUCCUAGUAUUUCUGCCUGGCUGGGACAAGAUUUCAAGGGUACACUCAUUGAUACAAAAUGAUAGAAUGUUAAGUGGACGCAAUUACCUAGUGAUCCCACUACACUCCAUGAUGCCAACAGUCAACCAGAGGGAAGUAUUCAAUAGACCACCUGAAGGUGUACGAAAAAUCGUUUUAGCAACAAAUAUUGCCGAAACUAGCAUAACUAUAGAUGACAUUGUUUAUGUUAUUGAUGGGGGAUGGAUCAAAAUGAAAAAUUAUGAUAAAGAAGCUAAUGUGACAACUUUACGACCAGAGUGGGUCACUAUUGCCAAUGCAAGACAACGUCGAGGUCGAGCAGGAAGAGUACAAGAUGGUGUGUGUUAUCAUCUGUUCACACGUGCACGAAAAUUGACCUUGGAUGAUUAUCCCCUACCAGAGAUUCAACGCACUCGUCUUGAAGAGAUUAUCCUUCAUAUUAAGAUCAUGCUUUUAGGUUCUGUGAGGCCAUUCUUAUCCAAAGUAAUGAUGCCUCCUGACCCAUCUGUGGUGGAUGUGUCACUUCAGAUGCUUCGGGCAAUCAAUGCACUGGAUGGGGGUGAAAGCGCCUCUGGGCUUCCAUCUGCUCUCCCAAUAGACCCAUUGACAGGUCGUAUGCUGCAUGCCAUAUUUUCCUGUGUUGGACCCAUCUUGACAGUGGCAGCAUCUCUAUCUUUUAAGGACCCAUUUAUAAUUCCAUUGGGAAAAGAACGUGCAGUCGAUGAGGUGAAGAGAAAGUUAAGUGGAGGGAAUAAGAGUGAUCACCUGCUGUUGGUGACUGUGUAUGAGGAAUGGGAGCGUGCAUGUCAGCACCAUGAUGACAAACAUUAUUGCUGGGACAAAUUCCUCUCCUCUGCUGUGUUCCAUCAACUUAAAAACAUGCGGAAACAGUUCAUGGGCUUGCUGUAUGAGAACAAAUUUGUCAAUACAAAAGACCCCUCUGAAGGUGAAGCCAAUCGCAAUUCUAAGAACAUCCCCUUAGUGCGGGCCAUCAUCACAGCUGGCCUGUACCCAAAUGUUGCUCGAGUCUUGUCAGAUAAUGGACGACCCAGUCCCUAUAAACCAUUGAAGAUACAAACAGCGCAGGAACGACGCGUUUCAUUACACCCUAAGUCGGUAAAUGAUAAGGAAAGGGAUUUUGAAUAUCCAUGGUUAAUAUACAGAGAAAAGAUAAAGUCAUCAAAGGUCUUCAUCCAUGACUGCUCCAUGGUUCCAAACUAUCCUCUUCUAUUCUUUGGAGAGAAACUGAACUAUGAUCAUACUAAAGGAGUGAUAAAUGUUGAUGGGUUCGUACGGGUUCGCAGCUCUCAACACGUAGCUCACUUGGUGCAGAACUUACGUAAUGAAUUAGAUCGACUUCUGGAAUACAAGAUUAGCCAUCCAGGCAUGACACAGUGGGGGAGAUCAAAUAAGGAAGGUGCGCUCCUCCAAACAAUCGUGGACCUUAUUACAAGUGAGAAAAAGACCUCACAAGAUUACCAGGAUUAUGUUGCUGACCAAGAUGAUGAUGAAAAUUGAAUCCUCCUCAAAUCUUGAUACAGGAAAUUAAGUGAAGUUGACUUUAUACUACUUAACUUAAUCAGAAUUGUCUACAACAAAUGCCUUUGUAUUGACCUGUUCAUGGUAUGCAAUAAAAUAUUGCUCUAG